AUGAGCGAGGCUAGACCACGAUAUAGUAUUGAGCAGAUUAUAUGUCUUCUCGAAGUGCUAGAGACAAGCCAAAAUGGAGAGAAAUUACAAGAGUUCCUCAUGCGACUCCCGAAGUCCGAAGAGCUGGAGAAUAAUGAAGCCAUUCUCAAGGCAAAAGCGACCGCUGCCUUUUUCCGCGGCGAUUUUCGCGAGCUUUACAAGAUUCUGGAGUCAAGACAGUACUCCCCUGCGUUCCACGAUCGACUACAGCAAUUGUGGUUGAAAGCACACUACAUUGAAGCUGAAAAAGUUCGAGGAAGACCUCUUGGAGCCGUUGGCAAGUACCGGGUCCGCAGAAAGUUUCCACUGCCGCGAACGAUUUGGGAUGGAGAAGAGACUAGCUACUGCUUCAAGGAGAAAUCACGCGCAGUUCUUCGCGACUGGUACCUCAAAUCGCCUUAUCCAAGUCCUCGCGAAAAACGCGAGCUCGCCGAGAUGACGGAUUUGACAGUCACCCAAGUGUCGAACUGGUUCAAAAACCGCCGCCAAAGAGAACGAGCUGCAGAAGCAAAGGGAACCACUCUUCGUGAUGCUGAACUUGGCCACAGCCCAGAGCCCGUUGGAGAGCAUGGCGAGCACGGGGCCGGGAUUCAUCCGCACGCGCACUUGGGCUGGCCAGCGCUGGAUCCGGCCAGUGCGAUGGCAGCUUCGCACUUGGGCUACCUUCCUGUCGAUGUGCACAAGCUGAGCGAGCAAAGCCACCAGCUACUGAAGCACGAGAGCAACGUCAAACUGGAACCCGUCGAUCCGCACGCAAAAGAAAACUCUUCGACCGUCCUUGCGCCAGUAGUAAGCAGCUCCGCGCCAAGUGUCAGCUCCAGCGCCAGCGCAGUCCCGACGCCCGAGCAGUACCACAACUGGAUGCUCCAGCACCACUACAGCAACCCCUCGAUGUACCAACACUACCAAGCGCACCAGAACAUAGAAGUUCAGCACCCGGCGAUUGGCUUUGCUUGA